AUGGCAUCAAGCCAAAAAAACAUCAUCAACAUGGACCAGGUGCCUCGGUACUUCGAAACGGAGCCCAAGUCUACGAUCACAACGCGUGGUUCGCGCAAGACCAAGGCUGAAAACCCGAAGGUCCCCCGGUACGAUGCGGUGGCACAAUGGACACUUGAAUGGGUCGCGUCGAAGACUGCAGAGGAUGUGAAGAAGGCCUUCACGUUGUGCGGAUUGGUUGCGAAGGAGGAAUUCGAAAUGGACAAGCUGCACGCUCCGCUGAAAGGCAUUCUGAGGACUGACUUCAACAUAAAUACGUGGCACUUCAUCAGUGACGGCGCUACACGAGAGCUGGUUCGAGUUUCCGCUCCUGAUUGGUAG